GAUGGCGAAGAAGAAAACAUUGGGGAACCUGUGGACGUAUACUGUAUAGAGCCUAGUGACCCUUCCAUCACGAAACAAGAAGAGGAGUAUUACCGCGAAACAUUCACGAUCAUGAAUGACUGCGGAGUUGGAGCUGUUUGGUUGUCCGAAGAGAAAGCUAUGGGAGUUACUUCAAAAAAUGAUAGUUUCUAUUUCGUACCCGCGUUCCGUGGAAGAGUAUUUGAACAUCUGAAGAAGCUUAGGGAUGGCGAAGAAGAAAACAUUGGGGAACCUGUGGACGUAUACUGUAUAGAGCCUAGUGACCCUUCCAUCACGAAACAAGAAGAGGAGUAUUACCGCGAAACAUUCACGAUCAUGAAUGACUGCGGAGUUGGAGCUGUUUGGUUGUCCGAAGAAAAGGCUAUGGGAGUUACUUCAAAAAAUGAUAGUUUUUAUUUCGUACCCGCGUUCCGUGGAAGAGUAUUUGAACAUCUGAAGAAGCUUAGGGUCAAUCUUUAUGGAGUUCACGUUGUUCGGCAAACGUUGAAUAACGGUGGGUCGUUACCACGAUGGGACUUUCCUGUAUACGCCCUGAACUUGACCGGUGCAUGUGUUUGCUUCACGGGACUUCCGCUUGACAAACGUGAGGAAUUGAAAGCUAAAAUAAACUACAUGAAUGGAGUCGUGUCACCAUGCUUGACGGAAAAAGUGACACAUUUGGUCACGGAACACUGUGACACCGCCUCUAAGAAGUAUACGGAGGCUCGUCGAAUGAGUUUACCAAUUAUGCUGCCAGCUUGGAUCGAGAAGGCAUGGGAAGCUGCUCAGAAUUUUUCGGUUGAUCUCUUCACAUCAGGGGACUUGGCACAACAAUACCGCACACCAAUCUUCAACAAAAUGGUCAUUACUGCCACUGGUGUUGGAGGUAGCGAGCGUAUGGACAUCGCCCGGCUAAUCGAACUUCAUGGUGGGCGCUUCUCGGGUGAUAUGAAGAGGAACGAAUGCACUCACCUGAUUGCUGAUCAUCCAAAAGGGAUGAAAUAUAAAAAGGCGCGUGAGUGGAAUUCCAUCAAAAUUGUACGGUCUACUUGGCUUCGGAAAUCCGUGAUGGCCGGCUACAUUCUUCCUGAGAGCGCCUUCGAUCCAGAAAAACGAAAUCGAUGCAGUACACCGGUUCAGGAAUCACGCAUUGUAGAACCAGAAGAGCUGGACUUCAGCAUGAUCCAAGGUAGAGGUGGUCGCUUGGAUCAUUCUACUUUCAAUACCCAAAUAUCCAAAAAUGACGGGGAUAGUGAGGCGGAGCGAACGCCGUUGUCCGCAGUGCGCACCAACCUCCGCCGUGAACCAAGUCGUCAUCGCCUCGCAACGUCAACGCCAGUUGUUGUCGAUCCGCUGGAUCAACUAGACGAAACUUGCAUUAGAGGCGAUUUCGAUUUCCUCGAGGGUUGUCGGAUUUGGGUAUGUGGUGCGGAACAGUCGCGUGCAGACAAGUGGAAGAAGGUUCUUGAUAGAAGUGGUGCCACCCGCGUGGCCGGUAUGGAAGCUGCGAGCCACAUAGUUGUUGUUCAUGCUUCCACAAGUGAUCGCAGUCGACUAAUUCAAGCUAAAUCUCGUGGUGCUCACAUUGUUCGUGCUGAAUGGAUAACCGCAUGUUAUGCGAAGAAGGAUCAAGUGGCUCUUGAAGAGUUUCUAUGGGAUCCUGAAGAAGUCAUCUGUCGCACUAGUUCUUUCUGCCUGCGCGAGCCAAUGGCUCUACAACAGCAACAAAAGACUUGGGUGCGUCCGACUAUCUCAACUUCGCUCCGCUCAACAACAUUUCUGAUGAUCCUGACUUAUCUUCAAUCUUUCGGUAAAGUGGUACCAUCCUCUGAUGAACAGGCCUAUGUGAACUAUCUUGUAUGCAGCCACAUUGAAUUCGAUCAGGUCUAUCCCAAGGAUAGCUACGAAGAGGCAGUGACAGUAUUUUGGGUUAAACGCUGCCUGAUGGAACAUCGACUGUUGAAACCGUCCAGUCAUCCACUCUUUCGGCCAUUCCCAGCAGUUAGAGAUAGCAAAGUGUUUUCGAAUAUCGUCGCUGUCAUCAGUUGCUUCAGCGACCACGAAAGGCUCACUCUGGCCCAACUCAUCAAAGAGUUCGGUGGAAAGGUGCAAGAGACGUUAACCAGAAGGAAUCGCGGUGAUCAGCUAGCCGUUACUCACGUCAUCGGAGGUAGUGAAGGGGAUCGCGUGAUGGAAGCACGGCGACAGAAAUUCAAGGUAGUGGACCCGUCAUGGGUUAUUGAAUCGAUAAUAAACGAUAAGCUCAUGAAAGAGGAUCAGUUUGCCCUCAAGGGAGAGGCGUAUGCUUCGUAUGAAGGAAGAACGGACGAUUUGUGGCCUGAAGCAACAAGGAAUAGUCGUCUACGCAGUAGCGGCUUGGGGAAGUCUUCGGUACAAGAAGCUCCCAGAGAUGACUUCUCCGAUUUGAUUACCACUUCUAUGGUUGGCCGCAUUUUGAAGGAAGUGGCUGUUAAAACAGCUGCCGUCAAGCCUCAGCGGAGUGCUCCUGUCGCUGCAAGUUCUUCUAUACCUCCUGCUUCUGUGCAGGAUUUGGAUAAGCCUCAGCAGUCGACGAGACAGGCGAAACAAAAAUCGGUGGCAAAGGCUGUUUGUUCAACCAAAGACGAACAAGAUCGGAUGGGCGACAUGAUGGCGUUGCGAGCUCGAAUGACGGAGAGAUUGGAGCAAAGAAAUCGGGAAAUUGCGAACCAACUGGCUGAGAAUAAUCCGGCUCCAGAAGGUCCUCUGUCAGGAAAACCAACUCAAGAAGUGGGAUCGCUGCGCGGCCGAAAACGUGGCCAGCCAUCUACCGAGGAAGCUGAGCCGUCAUCAAAAAGGUCUUCUCAAUUAGGGACUGCGAGAUCGUCAGAGCACGAAACACCCCGGCCUUUAAUAGAAUGGCAGCCGGCCAUGCCUAGCAAGUGCGGAUCGACAAGUGGUGACACAAGCAAUGACAGCCUUACCACUUCUAUGGUUGGCCGCAUUUUGAAGGAAGUGGCUGUUAAAACAGCUGCCGUCAAGCCUCAGCGGAGUGCUCCUGUCGCUGCAACGAACCAACUGGCUGAAAACAAUUCGGCUCCAGAAGGUCCUCUGUCAGGAAAACCAACUCAAGAAGUGGGAUCGCUGCGCGGCCGAAAACGUGGCCAGCCAUCUACCGAGGAAGCUGAGCCGUCAUCAAAAAGGUCUUCUCAAGUAGGGACUGCGAGAUCGUCAGAGCACGAAACACCCCGGCCUUUAAUAGAAUGGCAGCCGGCCAUGCCUAGCAAAAACCUCGAGAAACGGGUCGGAACCGACUUCAAGCAACUCUUGCCGUACACCAGGUCGUACAGAUCUUCGGCGAUCAGAUUCCAGGCCAUCAGUGGCUGGCUGCACAAGUACCUACUACGGCUGGCGCUCAUUCGUUCCCGCCCAAUUCCCGGAGAGCACAAGGGCGAAACUCCGGAAGCUCAUCGAGCUCAGGCAGAAAGUCGCAGCGCACCACUACCUCCACGAGGAUCUGUUCUUCCACAGGGCUCUGGUCAGUCAAAUUCGCAUACAGUCUCAUCAAAAGUGCGGAAAUCUGGAGGUGCCGAAGCAUUGGUGGACGACUCUGCUGCAGUGCAGACAAGGAAGUCAUUGUCCGAAGGAUGCUGUGUCGUUCGGGAAGAUCGAGCUGGAGCGGAAGAAGAAAAUGGCAACUCCUCAAAGCCGUCAUCGGCACGUAUUUCCAUCAAGCAGGAAAGGGCGUCCAUUGUGUUCAGCGACACAGUUCGACGAUUUAUAUUCACCUCAGUAGCUCCUCACGAGCGGCUACGGCUGUCGAACAUUAUAAGUCGAUUGGGAGGAAUAGCAGAUUCUGGUGAAUUGAGCGAAGAGUGUACACAUUUAAUCUGUGGAAAACUAAUUCGCGGUGCGAAGCUUAUGGGUUGUAUCGCAAGUGGGCGCACGUGGGUCGUCGGUGCCGAUUACGUGGAUCAGAGCUUGGCAGCUGGUAAAUGGCUUCCGGAGCAGGAUUUCGAGCUGGGAGAGCCAUCUCGCCUAGCCUUGGCUAGUUUACCGGAAAGGGAGCAGAAAUUGGCACAAGCUGUAGACAAAGCGUCUGGUCUCUCUCCAAUGUUGAAAGCCGGCGGAGCUGAAGUAGCGUUCAGACAUGGCAAUGAAGGUGCCCCGCUUGUCUUUCGACCAACUCAUGCUGUCGUUUGCGCAAGUGAAAUGUGGAACAUUGAGGAGUUGGAAAUGCUGGUCAGCGUUGGCGCAAAGGUGUUCAUCUUGAGUACAUAUCGAGGUUCUUACUCGAAGAACACGUGGAUGAAGCGUCGUGUUAUCAUUUGGACUAUAAAAAAUAUUUACAAACCCGCAGAAGGUGAUCGUUCGAUAUCGAUCAACUGA